GGUCUCAUUACAAAUCUCUCUUAAGAAAUUAAAUUAAAAGCAUCUCUGUAUUUUCAUACGUACUCUUGCACAUAUAACUUAACUCCUCCCUUUGAACUCGAACUCUUCCACAAAUAGUUUCGACGUCAAAAGCCCUACUUUUGGAUGGCAGGAGGUAGCCACCCUCCAAAACCCUCCUCCAAUAAUAAACUAACUCCUCCUUCUUCCUCCAAGAAAAAGUCCCGAUGGGAUCCCCCCGCCGGCAAAAAUCCUUCUUCCGCCGCCGCCGCCUCCGGAUCCGGCGACCCCAAUUCGAAACCCUCCCCCAAACCCACAAACCCCAAUAAUCAUCCGAACCCAAACCAGAAACCCAUUAAUCACAACAACAAACCAUCACCAAAACCCGACCCGAAUACCCAGACCCACCUAAGCCUCCUACCCCCUUUCCCUUUCCGUGACCCACCCCCUCCUCCUUCAUACGGGUUUCACAUGCUUGAGCGCAGAACCAUGGUCCUAGCUGAUGGUUCUGUACGCUCUUACUUCGCUUUACCCCUUGAUUAUCAAGAUUUUCCCCGGCCUGAGUUUCGUGUCGGGCCGGGCUUAGGAUUCGAUGACGGGCUUAUGAGGAAUAGGAAUCAGGAAUAUUGGAAUGCAGAACGGGCCCAUGUUGUUGGUGGUGAAAAUAAUAAUAUUGCGAUGAAAAGGAAGUUUGGUGAUGAGGGAGGGAAAGAUGGGCUUGAGAGGUUAAGGCAACAGGUAUUGGAACAUGGGAAUGCAGGUGGGCUUGGGGCCCAUGGAAUGAGUAGUUUGCAUAUGGGUAGAGGAGGAGAAGAAAUGAUUAGGCCUCCUGCAAAGUAUAUGAGAACUGAAGGGAGUGGGAGUAGUAGGAUUAGUAGGCACAAUGAGGUGGAUCAAACUGCAUUAAAGAAGUCUUUUUUACUUAUGGUUAAGUUAAUUUAUGAAAAUGCUAAUCUCAAAAGGAGUUUUUUGACUGAUGGAAAGCAGGGCCAUUUGCAGUGUCUUGCUUGUAACAGGGCUUCAAAAGAUUUUCCUGAUAUGCACACUCUUAUUAUGCAUGCCUACAACUCGAAUAGUGCUGAUUCACUAGUGGAACAUUUGGCCUUUCACAAAGCAUUGUGUGUUCUGAUGGGAUGGAACUAUCUGGCACCUCCUGAUAACUCGAAGUCAUAUCAGAUGUUAUCUGCUGAUGAAGCAACUGCAAACCGAGAUGAUCUAGUUUUGUGGCCCCCUUUGGUAAUAAUCCACAACACUAUCACAGGAAAACGUGAUGAUGGCCGCAUGGAGGGUUUGGGAAACAAGGCAAUGGAUAGUUACCUUAGAGGUAUUGGAUUUCACAAUGGAAAGGUGAAGGCCUUGUAUAACAGAGAAGGUCAUCUAGGUGUUACUCUGGUUAAAUUUCCAAGUUUAAUGGAUGCCAUGCGGUUAGCGGAAUAUUUUGAGAAAGAUAACCGCGGGAGAAAAGGUUGGGCUCGACUGCAGCCCGUGACUCUAGGCAAGGAUGACGAGAACAACCCUGACCUUGUCAAGGUUGAUCAUAGGACUGGAGAGAAGAAGAGAGUCUUCUAUGGUUAUCUGGGAACUGUUAGUGAUUUAGAGAAGGUUGAUUUCGACUCUCGAAAGAAGAUUACCAUUGCUAGCCGAUCAGAUUAUGUGACAUCUGGUUAGAACCACUUGAAUAGCUUUACAUUAAGAUGUGCUUCAGUUGAGAAUUUUAGUCAAUUCCCUGCUCUAGAUAUUCUGGCUUUGUGUUACUUUUAUUGCCCUUAGGAAUUGGGGCAGCUUUCUCUGGGAUAACUGUGGAGCUAAGUUAUAAGUGCCAUGCAUGCGUCUUCCCCUCUUCUAGUGAAUCUUUCUGCCUAGAUUAGCAGUUUUAAAGUCCAAUGGACUCGCUGAUUGUUCUUGUCCUUGUCCCGCCUUCCUCGGUUUGAGGCUGGGUGUACCAUUUGGGUUUCGAUAUGAUCAUGGUUCGAAUUUUUUUUUCCAAGGUUAAAUUUA